AUGUCCAAUCAAGAUAAAACCAUUGUCAUCUUCACUGCUACCGGUGUUCAAGGAGGAUCAGUCGUAGAUUCCUUACUCGAAGCUGGCUACAAAGUAGUCGGUCUGACUAGAAACGUGGACGGUUCAGGUGCUAAAGCUCUCAAAGCAAAAGGUGCUGAAGUUGCCUCUGCCGAUUUGGCCGAUGUGAACAGCUACAAGGAGACACUUAAAGGCGCUUAUGGUGUAUUUAUCAAUGCUGACUUCUGGAACAUCUAUGCUGCUCAGAACUACAAUGUCGAAGCUACCGCCAAAGAAGAGACUAGACAAGCUGUAGAAGCUAUGAGGGCUGCCAAGGAAGCUGGUGUCAAACACGUCGUUUACUCCAGUUUGGACGAUAAUACUCAAUGUCCUCAUUGGCAAUCUAAGGCUGAUGCCUCCAAGUGGGCUUAUGCCAAUGGUGUCCCCUUGACCAACCUCAUCAUUACCGCUUACUUCGAGAACAUCUCCUCAUUCAAAUUGGUCCAAGGGCCUAAAGAAGACGGCUCAUACACUUUCGUCUUACCUAUGCUUGAUGAUACUAAGCAUUACGGUUUCUCAGCCGUCCAGGCUGGUUUAUGGGUCAAGGAAGCUUUCAAUAACCCUGAUAAAUGGAUUGGUAAAGACCUCUACGCAGUCUCAGGCGAAGAAACUAUCUCAGAGAUCGCUCAGAUCCUCUCUGAGAUUAGUGGCAAGAAAGUCGAUACCCUCCACCUCACCACGGAGGCAUUCAAUAGCGAGGGUAUGAAGAAACAAUUAGGUGAGGAGAUGUGGAAGAAUUGGGAUUUGUUCGUUAACAAACGAAUCACGAGAGAUGUGAAAGCUUCCAUGGCUCUCGCUCCUGGAGCUUGGGAUUUCAAAACUUGGGCUAAGAAUGAUAAAACUAUCAGAGAGAUCUUGCAAUUCUAA